GGGACGCAUCCUUCGUAGACCGCGUCCUUCGAAGGAUGCGGUCUACGUAGACCGCGAAGGACACUCCGAAGGCCGAAGAAAUGGGACGGUCUAGCUUUCGGAGCAUUUCCGGUUUACGUAACAAACCGUUACCGCCCUUUACCUUGCGUGACCACCACGCGCUGCUCCUGUCACCGCCACCCUGACAGCUGACCUGACCGUAAACAGCAGUUAUACCGGACAGCGCGAAAAAAACAAAACAAAGAAACCCAAUAAACCACCAAAAAUGGAGCCAGAAAUCAUAAUUUUAUUUUGUAUCUGUUAUCUUUAUUUGGAGGAGUUGGGGAAUACUCACCGCCGGAGCCGACGGGGGAUAUAUCUUCGGCUCCGAGCAAGAGACGACCACAGAUUGCCCAGACCCGUGUACUGCCGGAUCAAUCCGACUGUUCCUGUCCUGGACCGUUUUUUUAAUGGCCAGGACACCAAAACGGAUUUCCGAUUGGGCAGGGAGGCCCUGGCAGUGCUGCUGGACCUUCUCGGCCAGGAGCGGAGACAUGGAUGGGGUGCCACCAUUGAGACCCUGGUGUUUCUAUUCUGGCUGGCUAGUGGGACAUCAUACAGGGUGGUCUCCAGAGUGUUCGGGAUGCCUCGUUCCACUGUCCACCGCAUCGUCCACAGGGUCACUGAGGAGGUGGUGGCCAUUCGCCACAAAGUCAUCCACCUCCCGAAGACCCCUGAAGACCUGGCGGCAGUGACCAAUGGGUUUGCAGGGCUGGCAAGACACCGCGCUUUUGGGAAAGCAGCGGGAGCAAUCGACGGCUGCCAUGUCCGUAUCAAGCCACCGAGCGGCCCUGAUGGUCACUGCUACAGGAACAGGAAACUGUUUUCCUCUAUAAUUCUGCAGGCUGUUUGUGACCAUCAGGGCCGCUUCCUUGAUACGUACGUGGGCUGGCCUGGGUCAGUCCAUGACUCCAGAGUCCUCCGCCACAGCCCACUGUACAGGUCACUCUACCCUCCUCCAGGGCACUUCAUCCUUGCAGACGGCGGGUACCCUUGCCUCCAACACCCACUACCCCUCAUCACUCCCUACAAGAGGCCAGUGCGAGGUGUGGGAGCCCAGCGCUUCAACUGGCAUCAUUCCAGGGCACGCUCCAUUAUAGAGCGUGCUUUUGGAAUGAUGAAGACCAGGUUCAGGGCCAUCUUCCUGCAAGCGCUGGAGGUGCACCACACCUUCGUACCUCACGUCAUAACAGCAUGUGCCAUCCUCCACAACAUCUGCCUUGGGGCCGAUGACAUCAUGGCCCCAGAGGAGGAGGAUGAGCCUGAGGACGUUGUAGAGGAGGAUGAGGGGGGCGAUGGUUUGGAGGCAGUUAGUGGUGCUUCCUGGCGGGACCAGCUGUCUGCAGAGGUGUCUGCCCUGGAGGAGGCCCCCCCUGACCACCAAUAUAUACAGUGACAUGGCAGCCGUCGAUUGAGUCAGCCCUGCAAACCCAUUCGGUGCGGUGCGGUGGACAGUGGAGAGAGGCAUCUCCACCACACUCUGGAGACCACCCCUGGAUGUCCCACGGACAGGAGACACCAGGGUCUUUAAUGUGGCAGCCCAUCCGGGUCCAGCAGCACCACCAGGGGCUCCCUGCUCUGCUGAAUCAAUAUGUUUUUGUAUAUAGUAGUUUUCCAAGUAUAUAGUAUAUAUAUAUAAGUUUAUAUAGUAGUUUUAUAAUAAUUGUUGUAAAUAGUCACAUGAAUGUUUUGUUGUAAAUAGUUUUAUUGUG